AUGGCGCCCACCCACGUUUACUUCGAUGUCACCAUCGGCGGCAAGCCCGCUGGCCGCAUCGUCAUGGAGCUAUUCAGCGACGACGUUCCCAAGACAGCUGAAAACUUCCGCGCUCUCUGCACCGGUGAGAAGGGCUUCGGCUACGCCAACUCUACCUUCCACCGUGUCAUCCCCCAGUUCAUGCUCCAGGGUGGUGACUUCACCAGACACAACGGUACUGGUGGCAAGUCCAUCUACGGCGAGACCUUCCCCGACGAGAACUUCAAGCUCAAGCACACUGGCGCCGGUGUCCUCUCCAUGGCCAACGCUGGCCCCAACACCAACGGCUCUCAGUUUUUCCUGACCACCGUCAAGACUGACUGGCUUGAUGGCGCCCAUGUCGUCUUCGGCCGUGUUGUCGAGGGUAUGGAUGUCGUCAAGGCUGUUGAAGCUCAGGGUUCCAACUCCGGCAAGACCAAGGCCCCAGUUGCUAUUGCUGCUUCUGGACAGCUUUAG